AUGGCCUUAGACUCAGUGGAAUCCUUUACCCCGGAAGCGGCACGGCCCCUGGGCCCGCCAUUAUUCUCACAGUUUGCCACCGUCAAGGAGAUGUUCAUUCCAGACAUUGCGGCCCAGUUUCAGGAUGCGGGUAUAACCGCGUUGACCUACGACCCACGUUGCACUGGGGCCAGCGAGGGAGAACCUCGCCAAGAACUUGACCCACACAAACAGGUCUCGGACUAUAGCGAUGCACUCACCUUUCUGGCCAGUCAGCCAGGAGUCGACGCCGGCCGCAUUGGAUUCUGGGGCUUUUCUUUUGGUGGAAUCGUCGCACUGAGCGCUGCAACCUUGGACUCGCGGGUACGAUGGGUGGUUGCCUGCUGUCCAUUGACCAAUUUUACCUUCGAUGGUAAGCGGGCUCGUGUCUUGGCUCGAACUAUGCGUGAUCGAGAGUCUAUCAUCAAAGGAAAUCCACCAUUUUCGCUCCCUGUUCUGACUGAGGAGGGAUUGAACCCCGCGGGAUUCGGUGGUGCGGCUGACGCGAACAACUACCGCCUCAUCAUGGACGCUUUUCGGAACGCGCCCACAUAUGAGAAUAGAACUACCCUACAGACCUACUACAAGAUAGCGGGGUGGAAUCCUCUCAGCUUGGUCUCUCAGUUGGAUUCCGCGUCAGUUCUGCUUCUUACGCCCCAGGACGACAUCAUCUCCACAGCCGAAGAGCAAACUAAACUGUUUGAUUCAAUCGUGGCAGAUGUGAGAAAGCACCAGCAUUUUGAACCAGAAAAGGGUCAUAUGAAUAUCUUUGGAGGAGAGUCGUUCGCCCGGUUGAUGCAGGUACAGAUUGACUUUCUGCAGGACUAG